AUGUUAUCUGUUCCUAAUUUCCCCGGUGGCAACGCCGCUCUGUCAUCUUCACAUUCGUUGGUACCACCUCGCCCUGACUUCUCUUACCACUUGGUGCUAAAGAAAGCAACUGCUAUCUCCAGAUGUCCUUGCAAUUGUUCUUUGGGACUCCAGGAUCCUUUAGAAGAAUCGAGAGAGAUUUUUAGAUUAGAAACACAGAAUGAUGGGAAUGAUCUUGUUCCAAGUGACCUAGAAGGAGAUGAGGAACAAGAAGAAGAGAAAGGGAUUUCAAAAAUACAAGUGAGCAGGGAGAAAUACAUACCGGUUUCUAAGACAGAGCUUUUGGAUGCUGUUUUAUUGAAUUUAUUCGACUCUCAAAAUGAUGAUAAUGAUGAAGCUAAUCAGUUCCUUCUUCUCUCUUCGUGUUUGGACUCUAUUCUUCACGCAGAACACAAAAGCAUUUUAGAGGAAAUGCGGGCAGAUUAUUCACUCACUCAAUCCAUUGAUGAUGAGAGGAUAAGUAAUGGGAGAUCAGGUAGUUCAGAUGAAAGAGAUGCGGCUCAUGGGAAAAUUUCUGAUUCGGUUAGCAAUAACAUCAAUGGAAAUGGGAGUGUGAAUAAAUUCGAAGAGGAGACUGAAGUUGAUAGAACAUUGCGUUUUGAUUAUGGUGUAGAAUUGAGAAAUUUUUUAAGUUCUUCAGUAAGAAAUGACAAGAGAAGUUCUAAUGGAGAGUCCAGACUUGCCGUUGCCACGCGCUUCCAGCGUUCUUUCAUGCAACUUCUUACUAAUGCACAGUUUGAAGAGCUAUCAGCUAGGGAUUUGAUGCUGACAUCUGCCUUGAACUCAGAUUACCUCCUCACUUUGCCAAUAUAUGUGGACUGGAAGAAAGCAUCUGAAUCCAAUGCAAUAAUCUUCAGGAGGGGCUAUGAAACGGAGAGGCAGAAAGGUCUGCUGAUUGUUGAAAAGCUGGAUUACAUUCAGUCCAGGCUUCUGCAGGGAAUUUUCUUCCUUAUAUCAAAACCAGUGGGGAAAGUUGGCACAUGGAUAAAGGAGGCUUUUCGAAAUGCUUCUGAGAGCCAUGAAGUACAAGAUGGGGUUAAGAAAAUGACACCUUGGCUUGAGCAACUGUCACUUUUUCAGCAAUCAUAUUUUAGUAACGAACAAGCUGCUGAUAAUCCAUUGGUGAGUGACCAACUAUCAGAUAGUGAACUUCCAAUUUGGCUAGCAGCACAGAGGGCAGUAAGCCGGUAUGAAGGAUUUCUGUCACCUGUUGGACCCCGCGGAAGGCUCUUCAGGAAGCUACUCACAUGGACUGGAUUUGUACCUCCUUUGCCAGAAAAGCCAUUUGAGCCUGACAGUUACAGCAAUCCUUCUCAACCUCAUUUAAGGCCAAUUUUCUUAUCAAGGAUAUCAAUUAGUGAUAUAUGGAGACCUGCUACAAAAAAACAUCUCAGAGACAAUAUUUGGAAAAAGCUAAAAACUUCCUUUUCCAUACUUCUUUCUCAGUCAGUCCUCCAGGAGCCUGCAUUUCAAGAAUUAAUUUUGCUUUAUACCACGGAAACAAGUGACAGCGAUGCUAAAAAUAAAGCUGAGGUUCCAGCAUUGCAGCUAAAGAUCUAUGAGAGAAUUCCCAUUCCAGAUCUACCUAGGGAACAUUUCAGCCCCUUUGUUGACUCUGUGGAGAUUGCUGCUGAGAAGAUGGAACAGAAAGGGCACCAGGUCAAUUGUCGCCAAAGUGUUGGAGAUGAAUGUGAGAGAUUUCUGUAUGAUGUGUUUAAAGUAAAGGUUGAAAUGCCAGUUGAAGAAGCAAUGAAUACUUUGGUUAGGCUAGGCCUUGUUACAGAAACACCCAUUGAUGGAAGAAGAACCAGGUUGCAGGUUGUUCCUUGUGAAAAGGUGCAUGAGUCGCUGGGACAGGCGUUGUAUGAACAACGGCAUGACAAGGGGCAAUUUGCACUAACCAAUUUACCGCUGAAGUUUGCUUCAGAAAUAGGAACGUAA